ACCUCUCGCUGCAGCUCCUCCGGCAGCCCCGGCUCCCGCAGCCUCCUUUGUGGGGAGGAAGCAGCCGGCUACCUUGGAUGAAAUUGCAGUGAAGCCCAGCGCUCAGAGAGGAGAGGGUCUGGCCUGGCGUGACCCUCGCCGGCCCCUCCAGCGGGCUGGGUGAUGUCCCCGGGCUUGGGUCCUGGGGACCCUUGGCAGAAUCAUGGAGCAACUGACAUCCUUCCCGCGGCUGGGGGACCCCGGAAACAUGGAGCCGUGGGCACUGUCCGCCUGGCAGAGCUGGACUCCAGGCCGGGGGGGUGAUGCUGGAGGCGCACCCCCAAGCAUGGCUGGUACCCACACAGAUCUGCGUGUUGGAGAACUGAGGCCUGAGGAGAGCUCCGAGCCUGAGGGAGCCCGAAGCCCGGGGCCUGUGGGGGGCAUUGAGCCUGGAAGAACAGCAACUGGGCUGCCCAGCCCUGUGCAGGGAGCCUUGAGCUCCGGACCUGGCUGUCAGAGGCUGGAGGACCCGGAGGCAGAGGCUUUCUCUAAGGGCAAGCUGAAAAUGGGCUUCGGGGACAGGCCCAAUCUGGAGCUGCUGAGGGCCAUGGGGGAGCUGCAGCAGCGCUGUGCCAUCCUUAAGGAGGAGAACCAGAUGCUGAGGAAGAGCAGCUUCCCCGAGACGGAGGAGAAGGUGCGGAGGCUGAAGCGGAAGAAUGCCGAGCUGGCGGUCAUUGCCAAGCGCCUGGAGGAGAGGGCCCGAAAGCUGCAGGAGACUAACCUGAGGGUGGUGAGUGCUCCCAUGCCCAGUCCAGGGGCCAGCUUGGAGUUGUGCCGGAAGGCCCUGGCCCGCCAACGAGCCCGGGACCUCAGUGAGACAGCCAGCGCCCUGUUGGCCAAGGACAAGCAGAUCGCUGCCUUGCAGCGGGAAUGCAGGGAGCUGCAGGCCAGGCUCACCCUGGCGGGCAAGGAGGGCCCCCAGUGGCUCCACGUGCGGGACUUCGACCGGCUGCUGCGCGAGUCCCAGCGGGAGGUGCUGCGGCUGCAGAGGCAGAUCGCCCUGCGCAACCAGCGGGAGCCGCCCUCGCCGCCCCGGCCCCCGGACCCCUCUGCCCCGGCCAGAGCAGGGGCGCCCGCCCCGGGGGCCCCGGGAGAGGCCAUACCCCAGGAGGAUGUGGAAAACCCGGCUGUGGUCCUAGAGGAGCCCGAGAAACAGCAGAGGGUGCAGCAACUGGAAUCGGAGCUCAGCAAGAAGCGGAAGAAAUGCGAGAGCCUGGAGCAGGAAGCCCGGAAAAAGCAGAGGCGAUGCGAGGAGCUGGAACUGCAGCUCAGGGCAGCCCAGAAUGAGAAUGCCCGCCUUGUGGAGGAGAACUCUCGGCUCAGUGGGAGAGCCACGGAGAAGGAGCAGGUGGAGUGGGAGAAUGCAGAGCUGAGGGGCCAGCUCCUGGGGGUGACGCAGGAGAGGGACUCAGCCCUUCUCAAGAGCCAAGGCCUGCAGAGCAAGCUGGAGAGCCUGGAGCAGGUGCUGAAGCACAUGCGGGAGGUGGCCCAGCGGCGGCAGCAGCUGGAGGUGGAACACGAGCAGGCUCGGCUCAGCCUGCAGGAGAAGCGGGAGGAGGUCCGGAGGCUGCAGCAGGCCCAGGCGGAAGCCCAGAGAGAGCAUGAAGGUGCUGUGCAGCUGCUGGAGUCUACCCUGGAUUCCAUGCAGGUCCGGGUCCGGGAGCUGGAGGAGCAGUGCCGCAGCCAGACCGAGCGCUUCAGCCUGCUGGCGCGGGAGCUCCAGGCCUUCCGCCUGCACCCUGGCCCCCUGGACCUGCUCACCUCCGCCCUGGGCUGCGGUGCCCCAGGGGACCGCCCGCCACCCACCUGCUGCUGCUCCACCCCGCAGCCCUGCCGCGGAUCCGGCCCCAAAGACCUCGACCUCCCACCAGCGUCCCCGGGGCGCUGCACCCCAAAGUCUUCCGAGUCUGCCGCUGCCACCCUUGUCGGGGUCUCCCGGAGGACGCCGGCCAAGAGGGCAGAGUCUCUGUCCAACUCCUCUCGCUCCGAGUCCAUCCACAACAGCCCCAAGUCCUGCCCGACCCCUGAGGUGGACACGGCCAGUGAGGUGGAGGAACUGGAGGCAGACAGCGUCUCGCUGCUCCCGGCAGUGGCAGAGGGCGGCCGGGGCGGAGCCAGGGUGCAGGUCUUCCUAGCUCGCUACAGCUACAACCCCUUCGAGGGCCCCAACGAGAACCCAGAGGCAGAGCUGCCGCUGACCGCCGGCGAGUACAUCUACAUCUACGGCAGCAUGGACGAGGAUGGCUUCUUUGAAGGGGAGCUCAUGGACGGCCGGAGGGGCCUGGUCCCUUCCAAUUUUGUUGAGCGCGUGUCCGACGACGACCUGCUGGCCUCCCUGCCUCUGGAGCUGGCUGACUUGUCCCACAGCUCAGGCCCCGAGCUCAGUUUUCUGAGCGGCGGCGGAGGUGGCAGCAGUAGUGGGGGCCAGAGCAGCGGGGGACGCAGCCAGCCCCGACCGGAGGACGAGGCGGCCGGGGAGGCACCCAGCCCGAGCCCCCCGCCCGAGGGCCUGGGGGAGCUCCCUGCCAUGCCUUACCCCCGCCGUCUGGCCGUCCUGAAGCAGCUGGCCCACAGCGUGGUGCUGGCCUGGGAGCCGCCUCCUGAGCGCGUGGAGCUGCGCGGCUACCACGUCUGUGUGAACGGGGAGCUGCGGCAGGCCCUGGGGUCCGGGGCACCUCCCACGGCUGUGCUGGAGAACUUGGACCUGCAGACCGGGCCCCUCCGGGUCUCCGUGCAGGCCCUGACCAGCCAGGGCGGCUCCGACCCGCUGCGCUGCUGCUUGCUGCUGGGGGCCCGGGCCCGUGUGGCUCCUAGCCAGCUGCGGGUCCAUCGGCUGACCGCCACAUCUGCCGAGAUCGCCUGGGUGCCCAGCAACAGCAGCUUGGCCCACGCCAUCUACCUCAACGGGGAGGAAUGCCCCCCUGCCCGCCCCAGCACCUACUGGGCCACCUUCUGCCACCUGCGGCCUGGUACCCUCUAUCAGGCACGAGUGGAGGCUCAGCUCCCGCCUCGAGGGUCCUGGGAACCAGGCGGGGAGAAGCCAGAGCCACGGGCUGCCACCCUGCAGUUUACCACACUGCCAGCAGGCCCACCUGAUGCCCCCCUGGAUGUGCAGGUCGAGCCAGGGCCCUCCCCUGGGAUCCUGAUCAUCAGCUGGCUCCCAGUGACAAUCGACGCGGCCGGCACCUCCAACGGCGUCCGGGUCACAGGCUACGCCGUUUAUGCUGAUGGGCAGAAGAUCAUGGAGGUGGCCUCGCCCACGGCGGGCAGCGUGCUGGUGGAGCUGUCGCAGCUGCAGCUGCUGCAGGCGUGCCGCGCGGUGGCCGUGCGCACCAUGUCGCCCCACGGCGAGUCGGCGGACUCCCUCCCCGCUCCUGUCGCCCCUGCCCUGGCCGAGGCCUCCGGGCUGGCCAGGGUCCCCUGCGCCUCCCCACGACCAGGCCCGGAGGCCAGGCUGCCCCUUGCUGCAGCCUCCCCGGGGCUGGGGGACCCCAGCUCUCCUCUCCGGUGCCCCGACCCCCAUGGAGCUCAAGAGCCCCCGGGCGCCCCCCCAGCCAGCCCUCCCAGAGAGACGGCAGGAGGAUCCUCAGAGGAGCCCCCAGUGCCUGUCUCGCAGGAGCAGGCUGGGGCGGCUGUGCUGGGGGCCCCUGGGGACGGGAAGGCCAGCGAGCCCGCCUUGGGAGACUGCGUUCCUGGCCCUGCCACCUCCUGUGUGGCCAAGGAGGACGCUGAGCAGACCGCGGGAGAGGCCCGCCUGGCACCCGGUGCCACCCAGGGAGCGCUGGCCCAGAGGCUGCCCAGUGCCCAGGCCUGCCGUGGAGGAGACGCAGGGGCUGGGCUGAGGCCCCGGGCUGAGGAGGACGCGGCCGAGCCGGGGGUCCGUCCGGGGAACUCCCUUGUGGACCAGGGCCGCACCUCGGACCUGUCAGACAUCCAAGAGGAGGAGGAGGAGGAAGAGGAUCUGGGUGUCAGGACCUGCUCCUUCCCGAAGCAGGUGGCUGGCCACAGCAUCGGGGGGCAGGGGGCCAAGGUACCGGGGUCACAUGGCAGCUGGAGGAAAGGAAGUGGCUCCCCCGAAAAGCCCCCUGGCCGCAGGCGGUCCCCGGAUCUCCGGGAGCAUUGCAGCCGGCUUCUCAGCAAUGGCGGCGGCGGGUCCCAGGCGCCCGGCCGAGCACCGGGCCCUGCGCGCGAGAGGGGCGGCCCCUCUGCGGCCGAGGGCGCCAGGGCUGCGCCGGACCCCGGCGGGAGGGCGCGGCCCGCCCCUUCCAGGAAGUGCCCCCGGGGCCGGGCCCCGGAACCGGGACUGGCCAGCUGCCUCUCCCCCAAGUGCUUGGAAAUCAGCAUCGAAUAUGACUCUGAGGACGAGCAAGAGAUGGGCGGCGGGGACAUGAGCAUCACCAGCUCCGGCUGCCUCGGAGACGGGGAGGCCUGGGGUGCAGCCCCCGUGGGAAGGCCCAGGGCACCUCCGAAGGCCGGUUCAGGCCCCCACCCCUACCCAUGCUCCGCAGCCUGGGAGAAGGGGGAGCCGGAGCGGAGAGGCCGCAGUGCGACCGGCAGAGCCCAGGAGCCGCCGCCCCGGGCAGCAGAGUCUGGGGAGCCCAGAGGGCUGGACAGCCCCGGGCAGAGUGGCUCCCAGCGGAGAGGGGGCCGGGCCCCCAGGCCAGGCUCCACGGAGCUGGCCCCCACGAGGAGCCCUCCAGAAGAAGCCCCGGCCCUCCGGGACCUCCCUGUCAGGGUCUUUGUGGCUCUGUUUGACUACGACCCUGUGUCAAUGUCACCCAACCCUGAUGCUGGGGAAGAGGAGCUCCCGUUCCGGGAGGGCCAGAUCCUGAAGGUGUUUGGGGACAAAGACGCAGACGGCUUCUACCGGGGUGAGGGUGGGGGCCGGUGGGGCUACAUUCCCUGCAACAUGGUGGCUGAAAUGGCCGUGGACAGCCCUGUGGGGACACAGCAGCUGCUCCAGCGGGGCUACUUGUCCCCAGAGGUUCUCGCUGAGGGCUCAGGGAACGGCCCCUUCGUCUACUCUGCAGCCCACACCGCCGGGCCUCCCCCCAAGCCCCGCCGCUCCAAGAAAGCUGAGUGGGAAGGGCCUGCCCAGCCCCGUGGAGGGCCCCUCCAUCUGGCCUCCUCUGCUGGCCUGAAGGCUCCCCAUUCCAUGGUGGCCGCGUUUGACUACAACCCCCGGGAGAGCUCUCCCAACAUGGACGUGGAGGCAGAGCUGCCCUUCCGGGCAGGUGACAUCAUCACUGUGUUCGGGGCCAUGGACGAUGACGGUUUCUACUAUGGGGAGCUGAAUGGACAGCGGGGCCUGGUUCCAUCCAACUUCCUGGAGGGCCCUGGGCCUGAGGCAGGCGGCUCAGACAGGGAGCCUGGGACAGCCCCGUCCGAGGGCCAGAGAACGAGGAGGAGAAGAGUCCAGUGCUAGAUGGAGAUAGAUAUAUGUAGAGAGAGCGACAUGACUGGGUCAGCUCAACCCAGGGGCCCCCAGCACCCCCAGGCUGGCCCCCUCGCUGCUUCCCCGAGGUUGAACUGGGGUUGCCACAGGGCCCAAGCAGGAAGGUGUGGGUUCUCCUCUCCAAGGGGAAGCAGCUCCUCAGGAAACUGGGCUCGGGGAAGAAGGAGUGAUGCUGUGGUCCCCAAGGCCCCAGCUGCGUGGGGAAGGCCCUGGACUCUGGUUCUCCCGAGUGAGUGCCAUGGCGCUGGGACAGGACUCAGACUCACUGAAGGUCAGAGCUAGAGGAGCGGCUGGUCCUCCGGAUGGGCAUCGUCUUCUUACAGGCGGGGACCCUGAGCCCCUGCAUGGGGACAAGUCCAGGGGCUGAGCACCUGGUCACAGAGCCGGCCGGGGACACGGACUUGUCCCUCCUGGUUCACCCAUCUGCUCCUGGUGUCCACCGCGCUGUGCUAGUCCCCUCUUGGCCUCCACACGCCUGACUCGGGGAGAUGCUAUUCCCUCUGAUGGCGCUGGCCAUCCUCUUCAUGUCUUCCCUCCCUCAAGGAAAGUUUGCACUGGAUUCUGCUGAGCCCCCCAUCCCGGGGGCGAGCUGUGUAUAUAGAUGUACAUACUCAGUGCCUCAGCCCAGCUUCCUCCCUCUCGCUUCCACCGCACAGGCCGGGGAAGGAGAAAGGCCAAGCCAAAGCGGGCCUGACCCCACCCCAUAGCGCCCCUCCGCACCCCCCUGCCAGCCGCCCUCCUGGCCAAGACCCGGGGCCGGUGGGCAGAAAGCAGGAGUUGGGUUUGCCUUAUUUUGCUCAUCGGAUUCAACUUCUCUUUUGCAUCGUUUUCUUCUGGCCCCUGUUGGAGUCUGGGGGCUGGGGGAGAGGACAGAUUUAUGCAACUAUUUUCAUACAUUCCCUGUUCAGAGUGGGGUGGGGGUUUGUCCCCCUUCCCCUUAGCACCCCUCUCCUCACACUCCGGCUGGGUGAGUGUCUCUGCAUGUUUCCAUUGCUGUGGUGGGAGGUUGUUUGAACUCCCACCCCCACCUUGGUCUCCAGGGGUGUGGAAUGGUGGGGGCAUUUGUUUAAAAAGACAUUUUAUUAUAAUAAAGUCUAUUUUCACAAAACCCA